AAUGAGCACGCCGAAGGAUUCAGAUGGUACACCUGUUCUACCUCCGGGUUCUCGACCCCCCUUCAACCCUUACGGUACACCAAAUAUGAACCUAAUGGCGGCGCAAUAUGGACGCCUAUGCAUGCAAAUGCCACAGGGACCUCAGAUGUCUCAUGCAACGACCGAUUGCUCUCAAGAGCCACCUGUGUACUCUGCUAAUUCAAAUAUCAGAAACCUAAACAGCUCUAAUGUCUCUGGAUAUGUAGUGAAUCCUACACCUAGAACCUCUUCUAUGCCAGGUCAAGUAGGCGUUCCCGCUCAAAGUCGAUUUCCUGCAUCUUCUAUACGUGCAAACUACUUCGACGGCGGCGGCAUUUUGAAUGUCGCCAAGCUCACUGAACUGGCCGGAGGACCGCUUGAGGAGCAAGCUAUUAAGAUCAUAAUGACAAUCGCGGAUGAAUUUAUCGAUAGCGUUACGACGUUUGCAUGUAAAUUGGCUAGGCACCGGAAAUCCGAUGUUCUAGAGCCCAAGGAUAUCCAGAUGCAUUUAGAACGAAACUGGGGAAUUGUGUUGCCCGGUAUUGGGGGUGGAUCGAGUCUGCCGCAUAGCUAUAUGAAGAAAAGACCUCUUGAGUCUCAUAAACAACGCUUGCAGACCGUCAAGAGGUGCAAAAAAUAAAACCAAGUUUUGAGUCCAGUGACCAGCGCGACGGGUGCAGUCACCAAGAUAUCAAAGGGCUGAACGUCUACGUACAUGAAUAGGUCGAAGGAAGAAAAAGUUGGACAAAUAGAAUCGGGAAUUUUUAUCAUAGUUUUACAAAUCGAUUUCAA